GUUCAGGUGUGUCUCUCCCUCCCAUCACAUUUAUAGCUCACUCCCUCAGUCCCUCACACAUACGCUGCGCUGCCUCAGGUCGUACACAGGACCAGACACAAGGUUCCUUGCUCCUGAAACUCACCCCCAGUAUGUCCUGCAAUGUUAAUCCGGUAUUUCAGUUCUUAUGUGAUCAACAGGCAGCAUGGGGCAUCGUAUUGGAAACCUUGGCUGCUGCUGGUGUUGUCUUCACCCUGGUCCUCAUGCUGACCCUCAUUUGUAUUUUUCCCCGUAUCUGUGACAGUGCCAAACGGGCUUUGGUGCCUAUCCAGUUCAUCUUCCUAAUUGGCACACUGGGCAUCUUUGGUCUCACUUUUGCCUUCAUUAUUCAACUGUACCCAGAGACUUGUAUGACUCGUUAUUUCCUCUUUGGAGUCCUGUUUGCCAUUUGCUUCUCAUGCCUGCUGGCUCAUGCCAGCAAGCUGGUGAGGCUUGUUCGUGGUGGUCUGGGCGUCUCCUGGUGGGUGAUGUUGAUUACUGUAAUUGUCCUCUCAGCAGUGCAGGUCCUUAUAGCCAUCCUGUAUGUGGUCAUCUAUCUGGUCAACAGCGGUGUCCAGUGUAUAGCUUCUUCAAGUAAUCUACCUGCCCUCAACAGGGACUUUGUCCUCAUUCUGAUAUAUGUCAUGCUGCUGAUGGCAGUGACCUUUUUCUUGUCCAUGUUCAGUCUGUGUGGACCCAUCAAAUGCUGGAAGAGGCACGGGUUGCAUAUUUAUGUUACAAUGUUCUUCUCCAUUGGUAUCUGGGUGGCAUGGAUUGUUAUGCUCCUAAUUGGCAAUGAUUCAGUAGGAGGUGCACGAACUUGGGAUGACCCAACUAGAGCCAUAGCACUGGUGGCCAAUGGCUGGGUCUUCCUCAUAAUGUACAUGUUGCCGGAGCUGUGUCUGAUGACCAGAUGCCAACCAGACCGGCCCAAAGAUGUCAGCCAAGCUCAACCUCGGCUUCUCAGGCAAACAAUUGGAGUAGACAAUCGAGUGUUUACCCAGGAGGACAACUGCCAAGGUCCAGACUCUGGAAGGAGUUCACCAUCUUCUGCACCACGUUUUGAUGCCACCCUUCCGAUGAAAGAUCUUCAACCAUCAAAGGAGUUUUCAAUCCCGCGCCCACAGCAGCGACCAAACUCAUACAUGCAAUACCGGUCCCACGAUCUGAGUGGCAUCUAAUGAGCGGAAUAACGGGUGUGUGACACUGGAACGAUCCAGGGCUGGUUCCCCUGUGUGUGACCCACCCAGAAGAUAACUACAGUAUCUAACCCUUUUUGUGACCCAGUCUAAUUACUACCUCCAUGCUGUACAAACCCACACAACAUGACCCUGAUAUGGCCAUUAUUAUAUCCUGCUGUGUGCGCCCAUAUUAUGAUCUGUAAGUCUGCGCCCACCCAAGUAUUUGUAAUCAUGGAACCGUUAUACUCUGCUGCCCUCUGCCCACCCAAGUAUUGUGUGCACCAUCCAUAUAGGUGGGCAUUAUAAUCUGUCACCCUCUGCCCACCCAAGUAUUGUGUGCACCAGAUAUGGGGGCGUUAUACUCUGCCACCCUCUGCCCACUCCAUUAUUGUGUGCACCAUAUAGGUGGGCAUUAUAAUCUGCCACCCUCUGCCCACCCAAGUAUUGUGUGCACCAGAUAUGUGGGCGUUAUACUCUGUUUCCCUCUGCCCACCUAAUUAUUGUGUGCACCAUAUAGGUGGGCAUUAUAAUCUGCCAUCUUCUGCCCAUCCAAGUAUUGUGUGCACCAGAUAUGUGGGCAUUAUAAUCUGUCACCCUCUGCCCACCCAAGUAUUGUGUGCACCAGAUAUGUGGGCAUUAUAAUCUGUCACCCUCUGCCCACCCAAGUAUUGUGUGCACCAGAUAUGUGGGUUGUAUGAUCUGUAAGUCUGUUUUCUGCCAAGUAUUUGUGACCACCAUAUAAGCAUAUAAGGGACUCUACAAUCUCUCACCUGGUACCAAUGUAAAACAUUAAUAAAAUCACCAGUUUGGUUUAUGCUAUUUCCAUCAGUGUAACUGCAGUGUCCUCUAGUGGUAAUAAGUGGUGUUACAGGCAGUGGCAAAUUACACAGAGAAUAGAACUUUAUGUAGUUCCUAUGGCAAAGGCUACAGAACACACACAGUGUAAGUAAGUGGUCUUCUGUGUCCCAUUGUACCUUACAUUGUGAGAUGGGUACACUACCUGUACUUAUAAGGGCAAUAUAUAUAUAUGUAAAAUUGUAACUGUUCAAGCGGGCACACUCACUGUCAUAUAUCUGUACAUGUGAUUCCUGCUCAGCACUCUGUAGUGCCCAGUAUGUAACCCUCACAUGAAUGAGUGGGUACUAUAGCGGGCACACUCACUGUUAUAUAUCUGUACAUGUAAUUCCUGCUCAGCAUAUCAUUACUAUAUGGUGCCAAGUGUGUAACCCUCACAUGAAUGAGUGGGUACUAUAGCGGGCACACUCACUGUUAUAUAUCUGUACAUGUGAUUCCUGCUCAGCCCUCUGUAGUGCCCAGUAUGUAACCCUCACAUGAAUGAGUGGGUACUAUAGCGGGCACACUCACUGUUAUAUAUCUGUACAUGUGAUUCCUGCUCAGCCCUCUGUAGUGCCCAGUAUGUAACCCUCACAUGAAUGAGUGGGUACUAUAGCGGGCACACUCACUGUUAUAUAUCUGUACAUGUGAUUCCUGCUCAGCACUCUGUAGUGCCCAGUAUGUAACCCUCACAUGAAUGAGUGGGUACUAUAGCGGGCACACUCACUGUUAUAUAUCUGUACAUGUGAUUCCUGCUCAGCACUCUGUAGUGCCCAGUAUGUAACCCUCACAUGAAUGAGUGGGUACUAUAGUGGGCACACUCACUGUUAUAUAUCUGUACAUGUGAUUCCUGCUCAGCAUAUCAUUACUCCGUGGUACCCAGUGUGUAACCCUCACAUGAAUGAGCGGGCACAGCAUCUCCCUGGUGGCAUCUGACAUUAAUCAGUGUAUGUAAAUAUUUAUAGACAAUGUAUGUAUUUAACUUAUUCAUUAUGUACCCACAAUAAAGCUGUUUAAUAUACAAA